CUCAGCAGCUUUUUAUCCACUCACUAAUUCGCUAUGGGAAAAGUACAAAAUCCUGCAGAUGCAUAUCGCAGGCAGCAGCAGAAGCGUGAAGCAAAGAAGAACAAAGAGGUUCGGCAGAAGAUGCGUGAAGAGGCCAUAUUGCACCGCAACACGUACAAGAUGCAACGGGCUAUCGACAAAUACAAGGAGAUUCCUAAGUCGCGUAAAAUGACAGCAAUCGAGAAGGAAAAAUUGGCGAGUAUGGAGAAGGAGCUGGAGGAAACGCUAGCGCGGCAAAAGGAGGCUGGUAUUGAUCCGAAAAAGUGGAAGACACAAGACAAUGCAGCUGGCUAUGAUCCACUAGCGGCAGCAGACGCUGCCGACGACAACUCAGAACAGAGCGACGAUGAUGGUGCCUAUGAAUAUGGUGGAAACGAUACAGUUCACACUCUGACGGGUGUGGAUGACUUGGGAAUCCAGACCGUAUCGUAUUUUGGUGAGCCAGCUAAGAAAACAGAGGAAUCGAAUGAGGCUGUAGACGACAAGCUGCCGCCAAUGCCUCCAGGGACACCACCGCUGCUCCCGCAGGACCUCGAAAUAGACUCAAUCUGGCCACCACUACCAAAGGGUCCAUCGCCAAUGUACAAACGACAGAAUCCGCACCAUAAAUCCCAUGGUAGCGGUAGCCAUGGAAAUCCGGUGCGUCAUCAUCAAAACUACCGGCAGCAACGGCAGAUGCCGUAUGGCCCAAAUCACCGUGGCCAGCAGCGACCUGCUAGUGCCAGCGAAGCACCAAGAAGGCCGGUUCCAGUUGCUACAGUGCUUGCAGCCGAGCCCGAAGUCCGGAAUCUUCAGAAGGAGCUGCGGUCAUUUGUCCCGGCAGCUAUUGCUCGCAAGCAAAAGCAAAAGGAGCGACAGCGUGUGAUCGCAUCUGUGCCUAGUGCACCAAAGAUGGUAGUGAAUGCAGCUCCCGAUGUUGAUGCUGGUCCAUUUGCUAGUGGUCCAAUGCCACGACUCGGACCCACGCUUCGCAAUGCCAUCAAGCCAGCUGCUGGUGUGCAGUUCAAAAGCACACCAACCGCAAAGGACCCCACGCUCAAGGCGCCCAGCAAGGACUCGUCCCUUGACGACGAGUACCAAAAGUUCAUGAAGGAAAUGACUGACUUUUUGUAGAGUCCAUUGGAGUAUUAUUACUGUCCAGAAAACAUGAAUCCGGUUCGAUAUCAGUGAUUGCGGUCCUCGUUUUGCACGCGCAGACGUGCAGCUAAGCGGUCAAAGAACCCCGUUAUCAGCUUGGGGUGAGCUCGAGCUUCAGUGCUUUGAAGGUCGGCGCUUGCUUUGGCCUGGAAGCAAAUGAUGUCGCCCAGCUGAAGCUCUACUUGCUCGAAUUUCUUUUUGGGAUCGAUAGCUUCGAUUAGCCACGGCUUGAUCUCUUCAUAAAGCAGCAGCUCAGUCUUCUUUGCAAGGCC